AUGGAGAGCUGGAGAAGGAACCGGCGCCGUAUCCUGGGCCUGACAGCGGCCGGAGCAGCAGGCAGCGCAGCAGCGUACACGCUUUACAAGUGGUGGUACGCAGAGAGUGCCGAAACGAGCGAGGCAGGGCCCUCUAGCUCAGGCUCGCAUCCUCAAGAGGGCAGCGUGCUGCUGGACCCUCGCGGCAGCGCCGGCGCCGCCCAGCUGGAUGCGGAGGCGCAUCUACAGCACCACUUUGACAGCAUACAGGACAUUGCAGACAGCACAACACUGCCGUCGCUGCUACCGGCGCUUUCCCGCGCGUUGAUGGCAGCGGCUGAUGUGGAGACGCCGCUCGAACUUCUGCGACGAGCCAAGGAAGGCAGCGCGCCGCUUUCGCAGGCUGAGAAGCUCGCAACGUGGGAGGAGCUCAAGGUGGCUGCCUUCAGCCGUGCGGUGGGCGCGGCCUGGCUGCUGCCCCUGCUGGAUCUGUUUGUGCGGGUGCAGCUCAACAUCCUGGGCAGGCACCUAUACCUCGAGUCAGCCGUGGAGGGCAGCGGCGUGCAACGGCCGUUGGGCGUGCCCAAGCUGUCAGCCCCAUCGCAGGAGCGGUUUCUGUCUUUUGCCGAGUUUUUGUCGCAGCAGGGCACACGAGAGCUGGUGGGAGUGCUGCGACGUGUAGCAGUGACGCAGUUGGCGCAUGUGCCGCUGGCAGAAUCGCUUAGUGCGGCGCAGGUGCAGCAGCUGAUGGCCGGCAUAGCAGCGGCAUUUGCGGACCAGAUCCCGGCCGCGAUCGCAGGGCGCGGCUGGGCGCAGUUUCUGCUCCCUGAUCCUAAGUCGCUGCAAGAAUCGCUGACACCGCGGGCCCCUGAUGACCGAGCGGUGCUACUUGGGGCGGAGGCGAUGCUCGUGGAUGGGCAUGUGGUGGAGCAGCUGGCGGCAGAGGCAGAGGCGGUGGCUAGCGGCGAUGAGUUUGCAGCGGCGCUGCAGGUGUGCUCCAAGGAGGUGCUCAAGGUGGCCUCCCACCGGCUGGGUAGCAGCAUGGGGGAUCGGGAGCUCCCGCUGGCCAAGGCUGUGCCGCUGGUGGCCACGCUGGGUGGCGACCUGCUGUCGCCAGCGCUGCGGCCACCGCUGGCCAGGCUGGAACCCGUGCGCAGCCUGUCAUCUCGCGUGUACGGCUGCUGCUUCUGCGCUGACACGCCUCUGUGA